AUGACAUUCCCCCUUCUCAAACUUCCUUUUCUAGCUAUCCAAAAUGUAAUACAGAGUCUUGAGACUCCAGAUAAAUUCGACUUUUCCACUUGCUCUCAAAAAUGCCGUCGUCUUGUCAAAUGUACGCGUCAUCCAUACACCGGAAUCGAUAUAAUUGUGGGAAGGGGUAGAAGUUAUUCAUCAGUGAUAUUAAGAGCUGGAGAUAGAACAUGCUAUGAUUGGUACUGUAGAGGACAAGAAUAUUCGAGGAUGAGAGUGAGGAAGGAUAGACGAACAGUUGGAGAUAUGACGAUUGUUUUCAGAAAAAAACCGGAUAAAAUGGAAACCGGAGGAUUAAUGGUAGAGAAGUUGAAAGUACUCUAUAAAUACAUAUCAGACCUGUUCAAUGUGCCUAUUUUAACAUACAAAUAUGGUAACACACCAAACGUUAAACUCCUUCCAAUGGCACUGGGAAUCAAAAAAUGUGAACAAAUGAUCAUCACAGCAGUGAAUGAUUACACAAAUAACAUUCCUCAUCUGAGAUAUAUAAUUGAAGAGGUGGAAGUCUCGAAAAAACUGUACAUCGGAUAUUAUCCGAUUUAUUCUAAUUUCCAAAUGGAAUCUACUAGAUUCUCAAUGGAUAUUCUUCAUUUGAACACUGCCGCUUAUAUCACACGCGACGUAUUUCUGAAUAUGGACUGUUCCGUAAUAGAAAUGAGAAGAGCUAGUCUAUCCUCUGACGAUAUUUUGGAAUUCAUCAAUCAGUGGUUUAAUUCUGAAAAUACACGCUUUGAAAGACUACACAUUGAAUCAGAUAACCUCAAAACCCCACUAGAUCUCAAUGGUUUUAAUCCAAAACCAUGGAAUUCAAGUGUUAGAGGACAGUACUAUGAUGAAAGAAAGCAAAUGAACUUUUCGAGUGGAUUGGAUAUCAUCCGAAGCGACGGUCUUCUCGCAACAGUCAAGCAGUCUGAAGCAGAAGCGAUUGAGUUCGUUGUUUGGAAGAAUCGGUUCCCAGUUUAUCUCUAUUGA